AUGUCUGAGACCACAAAACCUGCUGCUCCCGGCCAGGCUGCGGAGGAGAAGGAGAAGGCGGCCCCAGCGCCAACUCCAUCCCGUGACCCUGCUCCCGUCGCAAACAGCAAGGGCGAGGAGCCCUCCACAGAAGCCUUCAGGAUCGUCGUCUUCGAGCAGGAGAAUUUCCAGGGCAGGCAGAUGGAGUUCACCACUGAGUGCCUGAACCUGGGGGACCGCGGCUUCGACCGGGUGCGCAGUGUCAUCGUCAUCUCUGGACCCUGGGUGGCCUAUGAACAGGCCAACAUGCGCGGGGAGAUGUUCAUCCUGGAGAAGGGCGAGUACCCUCGCUGGGACACCUGGUCUAGCAGCUACCGGAGUGACUGCUUCAUGUCCAUGCGUCCCAUCAAAAUGGAGGCUGAGGACCACAAAAUCUCUCUGUACGAGUCUGCUGACUUCAAGGGCAACAAGAUGGAAAUCCAGGAGGACGACGUGCCCAGCCUCUGGGCUUACGGCUUCUGCGACCGCGUGGGCAGCGUGCAGGUGCCCAGUGGAACCUGGGUCGGGUACCAGUACCCUGGCUACAGAGGCUACCAGUACCUCUUUGAGACGGGCGACUUCCGACACUGGAACGAGUGGUCUGCCUUCCAGCCCCAGAUCCAGUCCAUCCGCCGCAUCCGGGACAUGCAGUGGGACCAGAAGGGCACCUUUGUCACCCCCGACGCGCCCUCCGACUGA